CACAAGUAGAACAAAUUACAGUCCCCCCACCCCUGCUCCAUCUCACUCUGUAUGUGUGUGUAUAUAUAUAUAUGAAACAAUACAUUAUAUAUAUAUACAUAUACAUAUGCAGGUCCUAUUGUAUCUAAUAAUGUUUGUUCUUGAGAAAUGGUGAGUACGGAUUAUUGCAGAAGAAGAAAUGGUGGGUUGGUGCUAUUGACUUCACGCGGAUCAAGAAAAUGCUAGGAUCCAACUCAACAUUUUUUUGUCCUUUUUAGCCUAUUGGGUCUCCAAUUUUACCUCUUUCUUGAAUUGAAAUUCAAUUUUUCAAUUUUUCAAUUUUUCACCAUUGUUUCCCGCUUGUUCUGCAUCUGCUCUGCUGCAAUGAAUUCAUUCCUCUGAGCCUCUUAUUCUCUCUGUUUUGUGUUUUUUCCUUCUGGGGUGUGAAAAAAGAAAGUUAAAAAGAUGAAUGCUAGAGUUAGAACCAGUCUGCAAUCUAUGAAAACUCCAUCAAAGAAUGUAAAGGAGAAAGUGGAAAUGCAAGGAAACAGGAAAAUGAGUACUGAGAAAACACCGAUAAAUAGACGAAAAGCAAUCAGGGAGAGAAAGAUGGCAUUGUUACAAGAUGUUGAUAAGCUAAAGAAGAAACUCAGGCAUGAGGAAAAUGUGCAUAGAGCUCUUGAAAGGGCGUUUACUCGACCUCUCGGUGCACUUCCUCGUCUUCCUCCUUAUCUUCCUCCAAAUACACUGGAGCUUCUUGCUGAGGUAGCUGUUUUGGAGGAGGAAGUCGUUAGGCUCGAAGAGAAAGUUGUGCAUUUCAGGCAAGGAUUGUAUCAUGAAGCUGUGUAUAUUUCGUCCUCCAAGAGGAAUAUGGAUAAUGUGACUGAUACUAUUGAGCAAAAUCAAGUGAAGAGUCCGAAGCAGAAGCAAACGAAGCUAUCGCCCCAACUAGAAUCGAAUUCAGCUUCAUUCUCGGGAAGACAUUUGCCUUCUCUCUCAGAUGACAGCUGCUUAAAAGAGAAUCACUCAUUGUCUUCCACGAAAAGCAAGCAUCGAUCAGUAAAUGCGAAAGUGAAAACUGUCAGAACACCUGUUAAGAAGCUUCCUGCUGAGAACAGAUUAGCAGAGAAGCGCGUAGAUCCUCAGAAAUUGCAGCUAGAGGAUCAAGUAAUGUACCAUGGGAGUCUGGAAGAGAGAAUUUUUGUUACUCAAGAUAGAAAACCGUCACCAGAUGAAAGUCCAAACACAAUCUCGGAAAAUAUUUUGAAAUGCUUGUCGAAUAUUUUCCUCAGAAUGAGCUCUAGGAAGGGCAGGACUACAGCAGAUACAUUGCCUUCAUUGACAGGAUAUAAUUCAUGCGAGAGCAUUGAGAAGAAAGAGUUUGGAGAUCCUUAUGGAAUAUGUUCAAAGUUUGAAAGGAGAGAUAUCGGUCCAUAUAAGCAUUUAUAUGCAGUUGAAGCUUCUUCUGUCAAUCCAAAUCGAACAACAAUAUCUGUAUUCCUAGUUCGUCGACUGAAACUUCUGCUUGAGAAACUUGCGUCAGCGAACUUACAGGGCCUUAGCCACCAAGAAAAGCUGGCUUUCUGGAUCAACAUUUACAAUUCAUGCAUGAUGAAUGCCUUCCUGGAGUAUGGCCUACCUGAGAACCCUGAAAUGGUUGUGGCAUUGAUGCAAAAGGCAACGAUAAAGGUUAGUGGACACUUGCUUAAUGCCAUAACCAUUGAGCAUUUCAUUUUGAGGUUGCCUUAUCACUCAAAAUUUACUUUUGCUAAGGGUGUAAAGAAUGACGAGAUGACUGCACGCAGCGUCUUUGGCUUGGAGCUUUCUGAACCAUUGGUGACAUUUGCGCUCUCUUGUGGAAGUUUUUCCUCUCCUGCUGUGAGAGUAUACACAGCAGCAAAUAUUGAAAAUGAGCUUCAAGUUGCAAAGAAGGAGUAUUUGCAGGCAUCCGUUGGCGUUUCAACAUCAAAGAAGUUGGUAGCAAUACCAAAGCUGUUGGACUGGUAUCUGCUAGAUUUUGCAAAGGAUCUAGAGUCACUACUUGAUUGGAUAUGCCUUCAACUUCCAAACGAACACGGAAAAGAAGCAAUCAACUGCCUCGAGAGAAAGAAUAACGAGCCUCUUUCCAACGUUCUCCAGAUAGUGCCUUAUGAAUUUAGUUUCCGGUACCUUUUACACAUGUAAGUUUUGUUUCUCAAUAACCAAACUAGACUUACAAGUUUUUGGUGGUAUAGAGAGGGAUACAGAUACAUAGUUUAAGUUUAAGUGUAUAUUUUGUAAGUAAAUUUUGACACUUGUGAGGGAGUAAUUAUUUAUAGAUUUCUAGCUGAUUUACAUCAAACAAACAAUGUGGAUUGAGUUCUUGAUUGGGCUUUCUUUCUGUUUUUUUA